GUCAAAAAUUAAAUGAAAAUAGAACUGGAAUUCCAUUGUAAACACUAGUUUUGUAUUUUCAAUUAUUUUUUUUAUAUCCAAUGACUAUAACACUUGACUAAAAUGUCUAAAACAGCACAUGUAGUGGAAGGUGAGGCGUCAGAAUCUGAUUCGGAGGUAGAAAUCGCGAGAUCACCUGAUUUAGUGGAACCCACUGCAGAAGUAUUUGUGGUUGCUGGAGAGGCGCCAGAAUCUGAUGAUGAGUCCAAGAUCACUCUGCCACAGAACGGGCCAGACCUGCCGCUCCACUCGUUGACCGCACCGACAAGUCCCAACAAGUUGGUGUACACGUCCCUUUUGCACCAAAAGUUGUGGGAAUGCAAUGUGUCCCUGAGAGCCACCAUCGAGGGCCUGGUGCGUCACACCACGGACAUAUCCGUGGAGAAGCUCGCCAGCGCUGAUAAGACUUUGCUCAAUGUUCAGGAGAGCAUGCGAGCGACCAAUGCCAACUUGACGUUGGCCCGGGCUCGCCUCAAACAAAUACACGCCAUAUUAGAAAAGGCUAAUUGCCCGGCGGCGCUGCCAACCGUCAAAGUUAAACCCUGAAAUAUAUGGAACUACCUUCAUUUAAAAAAAAGGAUACAAUGUAUCCCUAUAUGAUUGUUAAAAUAAAUUAAUUAAGUAAGUACUCGUAAAAUACUCGACGUAAUUUGCUGCCGUUUCAAUACGCUGGUGAAGAAGCGGCGGAACAAACUGCACUGCAACCACACGACACUAACUAAGAAAACUUCAUUGUGGGACCAAAUUUUUAUCAAAACGGUUUAAGUUUAUUUUCUAGUUUAAUUUUUUGUUUAAAGUAUUUUAUUGAAUUAUUAUUAAGUAUAAUAUGUAAAUAAAAGAAGUUAUUGUUGUUCA